AUGUCUGCUUCUGAAGAGUCGAAACCCGAGGAGAGAAGAGCUCAGCACAAGGUGUCCUCUUUGGAAAGCCCUUAUCUCGAGGAUUAUAGAACAGCCAUCAGAUCUAAAACUAUUCCUUGGGAUGGCUUUGCAAGAAGUGAAUUACUCACCCAGCAAGAGGCUAAACAAUUGAUUGAAUUGGAAGGUCACACCAUCAAAAAGAGAAAAGAAACUGCUUUAAAUCCUGAUCAUAUCGAUGAUUAUACAAAUACUUUAUUAAAUUUAUUAUCAAGAGAUUUACCAUUAGAAAGAAAUGAUGUUAAGAAAUAUAUCUUGGUGUUAUUUGCAGACUUAUUAGAAAAUGAUUUAUUUAUUGACAAAUUGAUUGAAUUAAAUAAUGGGAAUCCUGAUGUUAUUUUAACUCCAUUUGUCAAAUAUUUGGAUAAUAAUGAUGAAAUAAUAAGAUUAUUUUCAAUUUAUAACCUAACUUCAAUUUUAAUUCAACCUGAAAUUCAACCAACAGAUGAUUCAAUUGUCUUGAAGCUUUUCCAAAGUUUAAAUCAUUUAAUUGAAUCUUCAAAUUUCAAUUUAAAAUUUUUAUCAAUUGAAUUAAUUGUGGAUUUAUUAUUAAUUAAACCUUAUAGAUCAAUUUAUUGGACUAAACAUGAUGAAUUCAUAUCCAAUUUGUUUUUAAAUUUAAAUGAAUAUUUGAAUAAUAAUUCAUCAGAUUCAAUUCAAUUUCAAUAUAAAAUUUUAUUAUCAAUUUGGUUAUUAAGUUUCAAUUCCAAAAUUUUAAAAGAAUUAUCAACUAUUUAUCAAAAUGAAUCAUUAAUCUUGUUAAAAUUGGUUAAAAUUUCCAUCAAAGAGAAAAUCAUAAGAUUAAUCAUAUCAAUUUUAAAUAAUUUCACAUCAAUUCCAUCAGAUUUGAAAAAUUCUUUAAAUAAUAUUAAAUUUUUAAUUUUAAUUGGUAAUAUUGAACCAGUUUUAAACAAUUUACAAAACAGAAAAUGGUCAGAUGAUGAAUUAAUUGAAGAUCUAGAAAAAUUAUCCUCCAAAAUUUCAGAUGUUUAUUCAAAUUUAACAAGUUUUGAUGAAUAUUUACAAGAAUUAAAUUCUAAAAAUUUAAGAAAUUCUCCAACUCAUUCAAAUGAUGAAUUUUUCAUUGAUAAUUUAUCAAAAUUUCAAGAUUCAAAUUAUAAAAUUUUUAAACAAUUGAUUGAAUUAUUAGAUUUUGAUGGUAAUGAUUCUUCAAAUUAUGCAUUUAUCUUGAAUGAUAUUGGUAAAAUUUUAAAAUUAGAUUCAAAAGCAAUUGAUGUGUUGAAUGAAUUACAUAAAAAGACCAAGAUAAUGGAAUUGUUAAAUCACAAGAAUUCAGAGGUUCGUUAUGCUGCUUUGAAAGCUACUCAAUUGAUUGUUUCUCAAACAUUUAAAUAA